CAGAACACCAACGAAUCACUUUAGCCUCUUGGCUUUUGCCAUCUCCGAUGAUCUCCAAAACCCCAAGCUAAUGAUCUUCUCUCUCACAAAAUGAUCAUAUACUCAAAAAGGAAAGCACCAACAGAACUCUUGUUUGUGUUUCAUAUUCUUCUCUACUUACUCAUCCAUGUUCAAGCCAAGUGUAGAACUGGCUGCAGCCUUGCCUUUGCUUCUUAUUAUGUAUGGGAAGGAUCAAACCUCACGUACAUUAGCACAGUCUUUAACCAGAAAAUCUCUGAAAUUCUUCUAUACAAUCCCCAAGUUUCAAGUCAAGAUCAAAUUGAUGCCGGGACCAGAAUCAACGUACCCUUUUCUUGUGACUGCUUAAAUGGAGAUUUUUUGGGUCACACCUUUUCUUACUUUACCCAGUUUGGUGAUACUUAUGACACGAUUGCUAGCAUCUCUUACGCUAACCUGACCACGGAGGAUUGGGUGCGUAGGGUGAACGUUUAUAAUGCAACCAGAAUACCAGAUCAUGAGACAAUCAAUGUUACAGUGAAUUGUUCAUGUGGUGAUAGACGAGUGUCAAGAGAUUACGGGUUGUUCUCGACGUACCCUCUCCGUCCGGGUGAAAAUUUAUCCCUCAUUUCAACGGAGUCCAACGUAUCAGCAGAGCUGCUGCGAAGGUACAAUCCAGGGUCCAAUUUCAGUGCAGGUACUGGACUAGUGUUUGUGCCGGCAACAGACCAAACUGGAAAAUUUCCACCAUUAAAGAUCAGCACAACUGGAGUCUCCAGUAGAGUUAUUGCCUGCAUAUCUAUUGCAGGAGUUGCUGGGGCUUUGUUGUUGGGAUUGUGCAUAUAUGCUGGCCUUUACAAAAGGAAGAAGGUUGUGGAAGCAUCAUUACUCCUAGAAGCAUCCCCAGACCACUACAUUCAACACGGCCGUGGUUCCAAAGUUGCCCAGAAGAAAAAUUCAGAAACAGCUGCUCUUUUUGCUUCUCCAGGCCUCACUGGUAUCACAGUGGACAAAUCUGUGGAGUUCUCAUAUGAAGAGCUUGCCAAGGCAACUGAUGACUUUAGCAUUGCUAAUAAGAUUGGACAAGGCGGCUUUGGAUCUGUUUACCUUGCAGAACUAAGAGGCGAGAAAGCUGCAAUCAAGAAGAUGGAUAUGCAAGCAUCAAAGGAAUUUCUUGCUGAAUUGAAGGUUUUAACACAUGUUCAUCACUUGAAUCUGGUGCGUUUGAUAGGAUAUUGUGUUGAAGGUUCCUUAUUCUUAGUCUAUGACUUUAUUGAGAAUGGUAAUUUAAGUCAACAUUUGCGCCUGCGAGAUAGAGAUCCAUUGCCGUGGUCAGCAAGGGUGCAAAUUGCUUUAGAUUCAGCCAGAGGGCUUGAAUACAUACAUGAGCACACUGUUCCUGUCUACAUUCAUCGUGAUAUUAAAUCAGCAAAUAUUUUAAUAGACAAGAACUUUCGUGCUAAGGUCGCUGAUUUUGGGCUGACAAAACUUACUGAAUUCGGAAACACUUCGUUGCAAACACGUCUCGUGGGUACUUUUGGAUACAUGUCACCAGAGUAUGCUCAAUAUGGUGAUGUUUCCCCCAAGGUUGAUGUAUAUGCUUUUGGAGUUGUUCUCUAUGAACUAAUAUCUGCCAGGGAAGCUGUCGUGAAGACCAAUGAAGAAGUAACUGAAUCAAUGGGACUUGUUGCUUUGUUUGAAGAUGUUCUUAAUCAGCCUAAUCCAAGAGAAGAUCUGCAAAAACUUGUUGACCCCAGGCUAGGCGAUGACUACUCCUUUGACGCGGUCUGCAAGAUGGCACGUCUUGCCAGAGCUUGCACACAAGAAAAUCCUCAGCUGAGGCCCAGCAUGAGAUCCAUCGUUGUUGCACUUAUGACACUGUCAUCUUCAACUGAGGAUUGGGAUGUUGGCUCCUUGUAUGAAAAUAAAGCUCUAACCAAUCUGAUGUCAGGAAGGUAGCUUAGCCACUGCAAUGUUAACUAUUGAUACCUUAUAGUUGAAAGUGCCUCGAGAAAAUAAAACCCCUUAUCUCGUCUAGAUUCAUCUUUUACAUACGUGAAAACUGGAAUCCAAGUGCUGUACAG